UUUCCGGUUUACUUAGGCUUCAUUUCUUCCCUCCCAUUUGUCAUCUUAUCUUCAAGUGAGCUAAUCCGUUAGAGACUCAGCGAAAUCGUAAUCAUCGCCGUGAAAAUUCCUCAGCUUCCGCCACCAAUGGCACUAACCCAUAUCGUGAAUCCCAUCAUAUACUCUUCUCCCACUAUCCCCCGGCGCUUCGCGGCGAUCUCGCCACUUAAAACCCUAAACCCCCAAUUUUCCCGCCACACACCUCAACACGCCCACGCACUCUCUCGCAGACUCUUCCUCCCUUCUGUCUCCUCGAUUUGGGAUGCUAUAACUGGAGGCGGAGAUUCGAAUCCUCGUGAAGCCAUCGCAGCGAUUCGAAACGGAAUGCAACUCUUCAGACAGGGUGAUGUUUCUGGAUCGGUGACAGAGUUCGAUAAAGCUAUUGUGUUGGAUUCCCGACAAAAGGCAUAUCUUUGGCAACGUGGGCUUUCUCUUUACUAUAUGGAUAGGUUUGAAGAAGGAGCAAAACAGUUCAGGUUAGAUGUUGCUCAGAACCCAAAUGACACUGAGGAAUCGAUUUGGUGCUUUCUCUGCGAAGCUCGGCUCCACGGUGUUGAUGUUGCACGAAAACAAUUUCUUGAGGUUGGUAGAGAUUCUCGGCCUGUGAUGAGGGAAGCUUAUAACCUAUUCAAGAACGGUGGUGAUCCUGAAAAGUUGGUUAAUGACUUCUUGAGUGGUCAAGCAAGUGAAGUUUUCUACGCUUCAUUAUAUGCAGGGCUCUACUAUGAAGCCGAGGGUAAAUCAGAAAAGGCAAAGUUUCACAUAACAGCGGCUUGUGGAUCUCCAUAUGGGCAGAGGUCUGAUGAUUACAUGGCUUCACUUGCUAAAGUUCACCGCCUUUGUAGAAACUGGAGCUCCGGUUUAGUUUGAAACGGUUUUAGGCUUUUCUUGGAGCCCUCUCGUUUGUAUGUAUUUCUUUAAGGCCCAAUUGUGAAAUAAUAGCCCAAUUAAAAGUUAUCUUUUUUUUUGUCAUCUCGUCUUUGAUAACAAAAUCUCAAUACCCUAAUCAUAUUGUCUGAGCAACGACAAUGUUAUGCAUGGA